AUGUCACAAUCAAGCAGCGAUAAGAUCAAGAUGGAAAAGCACGAAAGAGGUAGAACGCAUGAUAAGAGCAAAAAGGCCAGCAGUACCAAAGUCGCCAAGGGAAAGAAGCCGGGAAACACGCAACGACCGCAGCAUACGGCAAACGAGCAUGACAAUCAGAAGGAGGAGACCCUAUCUGAAAUACUCUCAGAUGCCUUGCAGAAAUUUCCCGACACGUGCACCGAGGCGUGUAAUCCGGUCAAAUGCGAGCGUAUGAGCUGCAAGCAGAGGCUGCAUGACUUCGAGGUAUUGUUCAAGACAAAGCUGAAAGACAUGACGCAGAGGGCCCAAGAAAAGCAGGACAACACACUACAUCUACUAGUAAAGGACAAGGGGUGGAAAUCAGAGCAUACAACGCCCCCAAAGAGGCUCUUUGACUGGAUGCUGCAACAGCGAGAGCAUGAUGUCCUACUACAACGAAGGGAUCCUCGCGGAUUCACGCCAGUGCACAAUGCACUCUACGACCAUGUUCAUGACUUCAUCGACGUUUUGCUGAAAGCAGAUCGCCUGAGCACAAUCAGUAUUCUUAGACAGGAUUUUGCGGGCAGUAAUUGCAUCCAUCUCGCCACGCAACACGCAUCUCCUCAUCUUUCUACCAUGAUCCACAAAUGUAAGGGAGACAAUGAGAUUUUCAUGGAUGGUGAUAAAACCGAGAAAGGAACGCCUCUGCAUAUUGCUGUCCAGGAUGUCUUUAUCCCAGUGGUCGAUGAGGUUGAGGAGGAUGAUUCUGACCCCGAGGAUCAAGGGCUUGAAGAUGACGACCAAGACGGAUUGCUCGAUUGCCAUGAUAAUGCCGACCACGAUUCCCAUCACUUGGAUGAGGAUGUGGACGAAUUUGCGCUGGAUUCAGAUUAUGAAUCUUCAAGUUUGAGCGAGUAUGAGACAGACUUAGAGCUUGAAGAAGUGAAGUACAGAUUUGAAAACAAAGAAGAACGGGAGAAACGACUGGUCAAGAUUCUCGAUGACCUUGACAAGGAGGAGAACACUAGGCCAAGACCGCCGCCCAGGACACAUGACGCAAAUCCGGAUAACCCACAGCGUAUGGGUGCCGAAGAUGCUGUGGAUGACCUAGCCAAAGAGAAUAACAGCCCAUCUAUACCCAAGGUUGUGAUGUCUCAAGGCUUGAUAGACCUACCGCCUGAUCACAGCGUGCGCCUCCUUGUUGAGGUCUACCCGAAAGCCUUGAUUGCUAAGAACAGUUGCAAAAGGACCCCGUACCAAGAGAGAGAGCACGUUCUGCUGAGCGAUGACGUCGUAAAACGACUUGUGCAGCAGUAUGCCCACAAGAAGGGCCCCCGCGGUGACACCACGGAGAUCCGCGAAGCUCGUGCUAAGCGCACGAUCAUUGUACAAGAUCCCGUGGCCCGCUACAUCAUGUCAUACUGCAUACGAGAAUAUAAAUCUCGGGAGUUGACAAUGCAACAGCUCUACAAGCCGGGUCAAGAACGCCACAUCGAGUUCGACCUCGAGGGCUUCCCCUCACCUUCUGUCACACACAACUAUUUUGAUAAUCUGGGAAAGCACCUCCAGUUCGAAAGCAUUCUAAGAUAUGUCGCUUUGCCUGUUCUGUCAGUCGAGCCUCCGCCAUCAAGGAACCCGAGAAUCAAACAAGUAUCACCCACCGAAACUCAAUACGAGCUCCAUCGAAACGGACGUUCCGAUCUUGUGACAGUAUUCGACUGGCUCUGGAGCAAGGGUGUGCGCGAGAUUGUCAAGAUUAGGGUUGUCGACGGAGAUCUACCCCAUGCCGACGCUUCCAUAGUAGAAGCGUUGUAUGGUUUCAACGUGAAGAUGUGGGAUUGGAAGAGGGUAGAUCUCUGCAGCGACGUCAUCUAUGAGUCGUCGCCAGUCAUCAAAGAGGUUUCCGUGUAUUCAUCUGGCAAUAACGCUGUUCUAAUGGGCUGGGCGAGUGAAGAUGGACUUGGGAACCGCGAGAAGUUCCCCUGCCUUGAAAAGAUCAACUUAUUUGUCCAAGAUGGCCUCGAAGAUGACAAGAGAUGGCAGUCGAACAACAGACUUUGCCAGAAGAAGAUUACAGAACAUGGGCUGAAGCGGCGCGAUGGACAUGGUGGCAAAGAAAUUGAGUUUAAGAUUAUCAUCGACAACGACCAGGGCCGUUCCACUACCGAAAACAUUGAACCGGCUCCUGCAUGGAUCAAAAGCACCCGACAAUUUGCGACAUUCCUCAUGAACGCCUCCAGGGAACAAGGGAAAGACAAGCAAGUCGCGCCGGUCAAAAUCGCCAUCAUCGACGACGGCAUCGAUGCUACCUUGCAUGACCUUCAAUCCAAGAUUGCCGGCGGUGCCACAUUCUGCCCUUAUCCUCACUCCUCCGAACUAGUGAAUUCCUACUUUGUGCCUCGCGGCAAGCACGGCACACUGAUGGCACAACUGAUCUGCGACCUGUGCCCGGGCACUGAGCUUUAUAUUGCCAGACUCGAAGAGCUUCCAUUGCUCUCUGGUAGUGGUCGGCGUGUAACGGCAAGAUCAGCGGCCAAGGCCGUGGAAUGGGCGGUGAAUUGCGGCGUUGACAUCAUCUCGAUGAGCUGGACGAUUCAAACAGCCGCACAUGACAGCGAGGACAUGAGUAGCCUCGAAACCGCCCUGAACAAUGCAAAAGCAGCCAAAAUUCACAUGUUUUGCUCGGCUAGUGACCAGGGAGCGAACACCAAGGAAGAGUACUUCCCGGGCGACUGGAAGCAAUGCAUCCGCAUCGGCGGUGCCACCUUCACCGGCGAGAAACUGACUUGGGUUGACGACAAGGUUGACUUUUGGUUUCCCGGUCGCAACGUCCCCUUCCUCUCGAGAGACGGAAAGUCAGUGGUAUACGACUCUGGCAGCUCCAUCGCCACUGCGGCAGCGUCCGGCUUAGCUGGCCUGCUAAUAUACAGCGCCAGGCUCAUCUACAGCGGUACCAACGAGGCCAGGAACUAUCCCUUCCACACGCAGACCGCCAUGGCUGCUGCAUUUCGAAUCAUGGCAAAAGGAAUGGACGGCAAGUUUCCGAGGACAGACGAAGUUCUAAACAAAUUGUUCAAGAAUAAGAUCCAGCAAGCCACACAAAAGCCCCCCAAGAGCCUGGAUAUGGAGACUCUGGAGUGGUCUGACAGUUCCAAGAAGGCACUGACAGAUUUAUUGUUGCAUAUUCAGGUAGGAAGUCCGAUUGAAGAGGUGGUGCUCUGGUGA